AGAAAACGGGUUCCCUCCCUCCCUUGCCCCGCUCUCCUCCUCCCCCGCUCUCCUCCUCCCCCUGGUGUCUUCCUGAAACGGGAAGGAUGUGUUUCGAGCGCAGGCUGCUCAAGUGGAAGUUACCUGGACUGCUUUAGGCCAAGUUUAUGUGUCAAGUAAAUGAAACUACUUGAUGGUUUCCUAUUCCUCAGCCGACUCCACCUCCAAGCGGUUUGAACUUUGAGCUUCUUGUAGCCCUGAUGAACAAUUUGGCUUUCGUCAAGUUUGUGACACUUGGAACUUCAACAGUUGGAGGUUUAUGCACUUUGGGACCGGGCCACACUGUGCGGAGUUCAAAGUCCUAGGAGGCCAGAGAUCAAAAUGGCUUCCAGAGGAAAGACAGAGACAAGCAAAUUAAAGCAGAAUUUAGAAGAACAGUUGGAUAGACUAAUGCAGCAAUUACAAGAUCUGGAGGAAUGCAGAGAGGAACUUGAUACAGAUGAAUAUGAAGAAACCAAAAAGGAAACUCUGGAGCAACUAAGUGAAUUUAAUGAUUCACUGAAGAAAAUCAUGUCUGGAAAUAUGACUUUGGUAGAUGAGCUCAGUGGAAUGCAACUGGCUAUCCAGGCAGCUAUCAGCCAGGCCUUUAAAACCCCAGAGGUCAUCAGAUUAUUUGCAAAGAAACAACCAGGUCAACUUCGGACAAGGUUAGCGGAGAUGGAUAGAGAUCUCAUGGUAGGAAAGCUGGGAAGAGGCCUGUACACUCAACAGAAAGUGGAGAUACUAACAGCUCUCAGGAAACUUGGAGAGAAGCUGACCGCAGAUGAUGAGACCUUCUUGUCAGCAAAUGCAGGUGCUAUACUCAGCCAGUUUGAGAAAGUGUCUACAGACCUCGGCUCUGGAGACAAAGUUCUUGCAUUGGCAAGUUUUGAGGUUGAAAAAACAAAAAAAUGACAUGGUGUGGAAGCUUGGGACAUUGAUCACAUUCUUGCUGUAAAUGGCAUUUGUCUCAUAGGGAUUUUGAAUCAUUGCAAAGAAAUCAAGAGAUUCUUGAAAUACAUUGAUAACCUGAGAAAUGGUGAUGGAAAACAUACUUGUGGCUUCUGGUUAUACCCUUCCUCGUUGUGCUUCAGGGCUACUUGCCUGAGUGAUCCUAGAUGGGUGGGAUGAGGAACCCAUUGGGCCUUAUUCAUCAUGUCUUGUGUGUUUGAGAGAAGGAACAGAAAACAGUCUCUCUGCCUGUUUUUAUUAAGCCUCCUUGUUUUAAGUGCUGAUAGUAAAUGAAAAGAUGUGAACUAA